AUGAAGAAAAUACAAGGUCCCAGAAAUUUAGACGGAACAAGACGGGCGGGAAAUUCAAUUCUAUCUAUCUAUCUAUCUAUCUAUCUAUCUAUCUAUCUAUCUAUCUAUCUAUCGCAGUCUGUAUGUUUAUAUUUAUGCAUGUAUCUAUCUAUCUUUGUUGUUCGGAUCUAUCUAUCUAUCUAUCUAUCUAUCUAUGUAUCUAUAUAUAUUUAUCUAUCUAUCUAUCUAUCUAUCUAUCUAUCUAUCUAUCUAUCUAUCUAUCUAUAUAUAUUUAUCAUCUGUCUGUUCUAUGUAUCUAUAUGUAUCUAUAUCUGUUCUAUAUCUACUGCAGUUUGUACUAUCUAUCUAUCUAUCUAUCUAUCUAUCUAUCUAUCUAUCUAUCACAUGAUAUCUCCUGGAGUUUCCAUCAAAGUAAAUACAUAUUUCCGUCUCUUUCCAAAGAAAGAAAAUAUUAACGCCGCCAUUUUAAGUUCGCCAUAUCUUGCCUCCAGCUCCGGGCCCUCUCAUUUCAAUUUCUUUAAUUUCAUAUUCUUUUAA